CACACACACACACACACACACACAUUCGUACGCACUGAAACAACUUCCGUACCUCACGAAAACAUAUUUAAACAGAUGGAAAAAACUAUCGCAGAACACAGUGUCACGUAGCAACUGGUCUUUACGGUCGUUUGAAACAACAGGUCAGUUUGGGGGACAAAAGGAGGGUUCAGUUUUUACUGACUUCCCAUCUGACAGUUUAAAUGUUUAUGACCGUUUGAAUCAACAGGUCAGUUUGGGGUACAAAGGAGGGUUCAGUUUUUAUGGGAGCUUGAGAAUUUCGUAUGAAUAGAAACUGGCCACCCAUUUGACCGUUUAAAUGUUUACGACCGUCUGAAACAACUUCCAUACCUCACGAAAACAUAUUUAAACAGAUGGAGAACUAGAGCAGAACACAGUGUAACCGCGAUUUGCAAAAUGAAAGGUAAUUUCUUUUUUUUUUUUUUUCAUUCCUUGUAACACGUCUGUUUAAUGUUACUAUAAUAAGUAUUUAUUCGAACUAAAAACAGUCGAACAUCGAGUUGAAAUUCACCCACCACCAAGGGAUCUCCUAACAGAGUCUCCAAUCCUUUUGUCCGAUGACGACGAAGUGAAAGACGAAGAACUUUGUUUGAUCGAUCUUACAAAGUUGGAAGAUGAUUAUCGAGAGGAUUCGCCGGAAGAGACCAACGCGAUCCCUUUAACCCAAUCGCAGUCUGAUUUUCCGUUUACAUCUCUUGCUCACUGGUCUCCCUUAACGCUGGAGGGUCCGUCAACGGCCAUUCCAGGCAGAGGAGAAGGCUUGAUUGCGCCAAAGACUCCAGACAUCGAAUCCUUGCUCCGUGGGGAAAUCAUCGAAAACGACGGUGAAUGUCCAACAGGCACCCGCUGCAACAAACGCAGGAGGAAGCGUAGAUGCGCCCGCCAGCUCGACAAACAUGAUAGAAACAGAAGAAGGCUGAAACAGUACUAUCGUAUACUGGCUCGCACUCUCAUGAAGAUGGCAGACAUGAUUUGAUACAUACUGGUUUGUUAUAUCUGUUCCAUUCGAAUUAUUUUUUCUUUUUUUUCUUUAGAGAAAUAUAAUGGGUGUAGUUCCAUCUGAAUUAGAUGUAGUUAUUGAAGAAGAUGAAGACGUUUGUAAUCAUCAUUUAGAUCCAAACAACCAGAUAGAAUGGGAACCAAACAAUGAUCCGUCUUUGCAAGAUGAUAUUAAUGUGUUAAAUUCAAACACAAACACACAAGCCUCUACACAGCAUCACGAUGUGUUGGGAGGGGCGACACCCUCGGGGGAAUGUUUGGAUUUUUCGGAGGUGGUGGGGGUCAUGCAGAACCAACCGUCAACGGCUGACCAAUCAAUUUCAAAUGAGACCCAGAGGGGUGAUGGGGUAAAUGUCUUGAGGAGGGAAACAUUCAACAAUAUACAACUAUCCAGCGUUUUAACUUUUCCUCAAAACAACGAUGUAACAGAUUACGCCACAUUUUACCGCGGAGUCUUGGGGAGCCUUAAAAAGCUGACACAGAUGGUAACUAAGGAAGCUAGACCCGGCGAUAUCAUUCAAUUGGAGUUAUCCGGUGAAAGUGCAAAUCAACACACUUCAUUUACAUUUCGAAACGAUGCCGGGGCUGUGAUGAAUGCUUUUCAAGAUGUGUUAGAUCUGUUGGUACAAUCAAACGUUGAAAUAUUGAACGAUGAAGAAAUACAGGUGAUGGUCCAGGUGAUACAUAACCCUCGAGGUGGUGUAAGAAGAAAAAUCGAAACCCUUUUGGAACAUGAAAUCCGCAGAAAAAAAGCUCGUUAUCUUUACAAUCCAUUAAACUCGAAUAAUCAACUAUGUUUUGCCAUUAGCCUAGCAAGUCUGUUACAUCCUGAAUUUACAGAUAGCCAGGCUGUGGCGGAGGCUGAAAAAAUACAGAGAAAAGCGGGCUUAGACGAACAGACUUCCGUCACUUUCAGUCAUAUUCGUGAAUUUGAAAAAGUGGUACGUCGUAAAAUUGUCAUACUGUACAGAGAAGAGGGCCAACGACCCCUCUCACGGUUCGAGACGGAUUACCCCAAAUCAGAAAAUCCGUUGUAUCUGUAUUUAUCUCAGAAUCAUUACAGCGGUAUCAUUAACAUUAAAGGUUUUUUGUCAAAACCGCACGUUUGUCACUACUGUUACCAAGGGUACGACAAACCCGACAGACACAAAUGCGACGGCUAUUGCUUGGUCUGUACACAAAACGGGUGUGUAAAAAUAGAGGGGAAAACUGUGCUUUGCAGGGAUUGCAACAUGUGGUGUCGUUCUCCUGCAUGUCUCCUCAGACACAGGGUAAAACACCGGGUUAUGGAAAAACUCGUCAGCAACUGCGAUCGGCGAAAGAAAUGCCUUAAAUGCAACCUAUUUUACGAUGUACCUGUGGCUACAGGUAUCGCUAAACACACGUGCCCUAAGUUAAAAUGUCAAAUAUGUAAAGAAGAGCUACCUCGCAGUGACUCAGAGACACCUGAAACACGACAUCUUUGCUAUAUACAACCCCAACCACGUGAAGUAAACCACAAUGAUAAUAUCAUAUUCUAUGAUUUUGAGACGUUUGUCGAUGACAAUCACACUCACAUUCCCUUUCUAGUCUGUACCAAGACGCUGCAAGGAGAAGAGUGGUGUGCUUUUGGACUGGAUUGUGUUACAGUUUUCCUCAAUCAUUUCAGGAAACCUCGUUAUCUUAAAUCUACAUUUAUAGCCCACAAUUCGAGAGGAUUUGACGGUUACUUGAUUCUGAGAGGCAUGGUACGGCUGGGUAUAGCACCCUUAAUUAUCAUGCAGGGGAGUAAAGUUCUCUGUUUUAAAGACCCUGAUUUUUUGCAAAAAUACAUUGACUCGCUUUCCUUCCUUACCAUGCCGCUUAGCGCUAUGCCAAAAGCGUUAGGACUCGGUGAUUGCUGGUCCAAGGGGUAUUUUCCUCACAAAUUUAGUUCGGAGGAACAUUUAAAUUAUGUCGGAAAAUACCCCGCAAUCAGCAAUUACGGUGUAGAACGCAUGACACCUGUUGAACGCACCAAGUUUGAGACGUGGUAUCAAAAUGAGAAAAGCGAGGUCUUUGAUUUUCAAAAACAAGCGGUACACUACUGUAAAAACGACGUCAAUGUUCUUCGUGAGGGUUGCAUCAAAUUUAGAGCCGAGUUUACGAGCGAGACGGGUGUUGACCCCUUCUCCCGUAUCACCAUAGCCUCGGCCUGCAUGAAGGUGUUUGUGACUAAUUUCCUCGAGCCGCGUUCUCUAGCCAUACCUUCCCCGGAUAACUACCGAGGGUUGUGUAAAAAAUACUCACACACCAGCAUCCAAUGGUUAGAAUGGGAGUCGCAUCGUCGUGGUAUUUUCAUUCAGCAUGCUUUAAACAAAGGCGAAAAACAGAUGGGGGCAUACUUUGUGGAUGGGUUUGCUAUAAUCGGUGGCAAACCAUUCGUCUGGGAAUUUCAGGGGUGUUUUUAUCACGGAUGCCCGACGUGUUUCGAACCCGGUGCUGUAUGCCCUUUGACAAACACACCGUUCGAGGAGUUGCACAAGGCUACCGAGAAAAAAAUGAAAGCGUUAAAGCGUGACCACAAGGUCAACAUCAUCGUCAUCAGAGAGCACGAGUGGAAUGAAAUGAAAAAAUCAAACCCUAGGGUAAUAGACUUUCUCAAAACACGCAAUUACCCCGCACCUCUCAUGCCUCGAGACGCUCUUUAUGGAGGUAGGACAAGCGCCUUUUGCUUGAGGCACACGGCGGGUGAGAACCAGCGUGUAUUGUAUGAGGAUGUCACCUCUCUCUACCCGUACGUCAACAGCGCAUUUCCUUACCCCCUGGGUCAUCCUGUCAUCAUCCACACGGAUUUUGACGAUGUUGGAAACUAUUUCGGUCUGGUCAGAGCCGUUGUUCACCCUCCUCGAGGUCUCUAUUUCCCUGUGCUACCCUACAGAACGGUCAAGGGUAAACUAGUGUUUACACUUUGCCGCACAUGCGCAGAAAACAAUAACCAGCAGGAACCCUGCGAACAUGAUGAGGAAGGAAGGGCAUUGACGGGAGUCUGGGUCACGCUCGAAUUCAACAAAGCUUUACAGUUGGGAUACAGAGUCGGUAAGAUUACGGAGGUGUGGCACUUUGAAGAACGGAGCGAAACCGUUUUUACGGGUUAUGUUCAAACUUUCCUAAAGGGUAAGCAAGAAGCUUCAGGGUAUCCCAAAGAAGCCGUCGAUGCAGAAAGCAGGGAAAAGUACAUUCGUGAAUAUCGUGAAAAUCAGGGAAUACAGCUGGAUGCUGAAAAAAUCGAACCCAACCCUGCCAAGAGACAAAUGUCAAAACUCUGUUUAAACAGCCUUUGGGGAAAGUUUGCGGAGAGGUGCAAUAGAACUCAGACCACCUUGGUGAGAAAAAGUGAAGUAUUUUUCGACUUUGUAUUUUCAGGAAAAUAUCAGGUUGAAUAUUUUUCCUUUCUCAACGAGCAAAUUGCUAUGGUGCAAUGGCAAUACAGUAAAAACAGCGUGGUGCUUCCCGGUAACACAAAUAAUGUAUUUGUCGCUGCUUUUACCACCGCUUACGCACGUUUGAAAAUGUACGGUUACCUAGAGGGGUUGCAAGAGAGAGUUCUUUACACAGACACCGAUAGUUUAAUCUACACGGUAAACGAGGGGGAAGUUUCUCUGGAGACGGGGUCCUAUCUAGGCGAUUUGACGGAUGAGUUGGGAGGAGACAGCAUUCACGAAUUCGUCUCCGCCGGUCCAAAGAGUUAUGCCUACCAUACCCUGCAGGGUAAAAAAACUGUGCUGCGUGCCAAAGGAAUCACUCAAACCCGCGAGUGUUGUGAGAGGGUCAACUUUGACAGCGUUAAAGAUUUGGUGGAGGGCUAUCUGGAGGAAGACAAAACAGGUGCGAUCUACACCCCUCAUCACCAAAUUGUUCGUGAUAAAAGGGGGUUCCUUUUAAAUAACUCGUCUUUCGAAAAAAAGUUUCGAGUGGUGUAUGACAAAAGACGUCUCUUUCCCGACGGGAAAACUUUACCUUUCGGGUAUUAGAGAGGAAAUGGAAAAAAUGGAACGAGUAGACUUUGAUCCCAGAUUUCAUACACCUUUUUCAUGCCUGGUUGUAGGACCUAGUGGUUGCGGAAAGACUUUUUUUGUAAAAUGUGUAUUGGAAAAUUGUGAACACGUCAUGAAUUCUAUACCCGACAACAUUGUGUGGAUUUAUACAUCUUUCCAACCCAUGUAUGCUGAAUUAAAAAAGAUGAAUAAAAAAAUAAAAUUUGUUGAA